AUUCUAGACACACAUUCAAAUGUAUUGGGAUUCACAGUGACACAGAAAGAACGUCGUACAGUGAAAUAAAUUACAAAAAGAGUAAUCAAAAAAAAAAACAGCAUAAGCUUUUGUUGUGUGUGCAAGUAAGAACGAACGGUCCAACGAUUUAUAAACUAUUUUUCUCAAGAAAAUAUCUCAAAACAAAAGAGAACGAGAUAGAGACAGCGAGAAAUAAAAUAAUAUCAACUUUUGUAUUUAAAUUGAGAGAACGAUUCUCAUUGUUUGUUCUUUGGUAAUAUUUUGCGCAAAGAAAUUUUCGACACAAUACAACUGAUUGAUUGAAAUAGUCAGCAAUAUUUCUCGUUCAUUAGAUAUAGAGCGACAGAUUCACGUUUAGUACAAAGAGUUGUUGUUUUUUUUAUUCGAAUUUGAAUCUCGUGUCUGAAAGAAAAAUGUCUGAAAAUCAAGAAACACAAGAGACGCAAGAGGAAAUUUUGGCCAAUUUUCAGAGCAUCACUGGCAUAGACGAUGUGGCCGAAGCGAUUUUCUAUUUGGAAGAAAGUAACUGGGAUUUAUUGGCGGCAGUGAGUAGAGUUCUUCCACAAGACCACGUUGAACAACCAUCUCCAUACAAUACGGAAUCAUUGAAUAAUUUAAACAUUGCUGGUUCAUCAUCGAAUGUAAAUCGAAUGCCCGCAUCGCCAUCGGCUCUAUUGAAUAGAAAUAUUUUUGGUUCAGAACCAAUGUCAGCCACAAGUUCGAAUUCGAAUGAAUGUAAUCUACAAAACAUGAACGAAGAUGAAGGAAUGGGCGAUGGACAUAACGACCAAACAAACGGCGAAUGCUCUGCAGCUCAUUCGUCGGCAGCUAAUUCACCAAAGGACAUUAAAUUUAAUAUUCACCACAAAUAUACGACACACAACGUUGUUGUCUCCGAUCGAUCCACAAUAGGUGUCUUGAAAGCCAAAAUAUUUGAGGUCACUUCCAUUCCGACGUGCCGUCAAUCGUGGUGCGGUUGGGUUCAAUCAUCCGACAAUUAUGAUGAUUCGACUGCAUUACACACAAUGAAUUUGUCCGAUGAAAAUGAAUUGAUUGUAAAUGAUAUCAAAGAUCUCACAGACAUGGUUGCCGUUGAUGAUUUGGGCAUCGAACGGCUUACGCGAACAUUCAAAUUAAACAUUUUGCUUGGAAAUACCAACAAUACAAGACCGUUACAAUUAAACUUUCCCGGCACUCGAACCAUUGCCGAUGUGAAGAAUGACGUAUAUUCGGUAACAAGCAUUGCCGUUCGACAUCAACAAUGGCACGGGUGGCCAUCAGGAAUAUCGGAUGAUACAACGCUUGCAUUGGCCGGCAUCCCAUUCGAACACAAUUUAGUUUUAAACUCAAUCGAAACAUCGACAGAUCAAAUUAUACCACCAAAUCAAGUGGCCACAACUGAAUCGGCCAGAUCGAAUGUCGGCAAUGAUCUGAUUGAAAUCGAUUCGGAUAGUUCAGUCGAUGAAUUUGAAGAUGCAUCCGAUUUUAAUGGGGACGAUGAAAUCUUUGCUACGCCCGCAACAAAUCGACGACGCAACGACUUGAUACCCGAUGGCACCGACAACGAACGAUGGGGAUGCACUCAGUUCAUACAAAAUUAUAGAGAACGAUAUGGUGAACCGUAUCCUCAUUUCUAUGAAGGUACACUUGAAGAGGCUCUUGGUCAAGCUUGUCAUAAGCCAGCGAAAGAUCGAAAAUUGCUCGCAAUCUAUUUGCAUCACGAUAAAAGCGUGUUGGCCAAUGUAUUUUGUGAUCGUGUCAUGAAAAACGAUACAAUUCGACAGACGAUAGAGCAUAAUUUCAUUUUAUAUGGCUGGGAUUUAACCAACGAAAGUAAUAAAAAUCUGUUUUUGUCAUCAUUGUCAGCGUGCGCUGGCAAUAGCAGUGCAUCACUACCGCUUCGAACAAUGCAAACAAAUCGUUUGCCAGCGAUUUUGGUUAUUUGCAAAUACCGUAGUGUUUGCGAAGUUUUGUCUGUGAUAUACGGUGACGUUAGCAUAGAUGAUCUUCUAAACAAAUUAAUGGAUACGAUGAAAUUGUACUCGGAACAACGUGAUGUUGAAGUUCGCGAAGAGGACGAACGUGCGGCACGUGAAUUAAUUAAAAUGGAACAAGAUGCCGCAUUCCACGAAAGUUUGGAGGCUGAUCGACGGAAAGAGGAAGAGAAAAAACAAAAGGAGCGUGCAAUUGCAACGGAACGACAACGAUUGGAAUCGGAACGGCAAGAAAUCGAAAUGAUACGAGAAAUGAAUCGAUUGGAGGCCGAACAAAGUAUGCCACCCGAACCAGCCGAGAACGCUGAUGGCAUCACAAAAAUUCGUAUGCGAAAACCAACCGGUGAAUUUAUGGAACGCCGUUUUUUGGCCACCGACAAAUUGGACACGUUAUUGAAAUUCGUCGCAUCGAAAGGUUUCCCCAUUGAUGAAUACAAAAUCAUCUCGAGUUGGCCGCGGCGCGAUCUAACGACAUUGGAUAAAAGUGAAACACUAUUACAACAUAAGCUUUGUCCUCAGGAAACGGUGAUUUUGGAAGAACGAUGAUCAUUGUGGACGUUUUGAAAACAGCAAACGAUAGAAACCAACAUUCACAAAUGAAAAUCAAAUCCUUUAUUCAUUACUGUCCUUUUUUUCUUUUCUGUCAAUUGAUUUUUUACUGUUGAACCUGAGUGGACACGUAACUUAGUUUAUAAAACAUUCUUUAAGAGAGAAACAAAAAAA